UCUUUUCUCUCUCGCCUUUUAAGAAGCCGGUUAUUAUUUUUUCCUCUGAUGAAGAACGGGGAGGAGAAAGAACACGGAGGCGAGCUUUGGAAAUUUGUGCUUUAAAGUCAGAUGAGCAGGAAAGGGGGUCUGGAAAAGUGCAUGACUUCCCCCCUUUCCCUCGCAGCGACGAACCUCCAAAGGGCAACGCAGUCUACCUGUUUUUUCCUCUCGCUUUCUGCUCUUUUCAAGUUGGAGGGAAGGAGGCGAACAUGCUGGACAGCAUCCACGCGGCCAUCCUAGAGGGUGGCAGGAAAGUGUUUCUAACCCUUCCUAAACUCACUUCGGAGGAGAUCCUUAGCAUUUGGGCCGCGGUUUCUGAAUUUGUGGGAAAGCAGCUCUCCAUGAAUAAGGGGGUCUUGAUACCAGGACUGGGGACCUUCUCCUUUCUGAGGCAGAAGCUUCAACUUGGCAAUAACAAGCAUACCCUCCUGCAACGGCCUGUCUUCCUUCUGUCGGAGAAACUGGCACAGAUUCAUGGGCUGAAAUUUAACAAAAUACACACUCCGGGUGAUAUCCCAAUUGUUCACUUGAAUUUCAUCGUGUUAUCUCUGGAGGGUCCCUUUAACAGAGAUGUUGUGGAGGGUUGUGUCCGAGAGACGCUCCUCUCUUUCUCCCGGUCUAUAGCCACCAAGCAGGCCGUCGAGUUCACCUUUAAAGGAAUCGGUGUUCUGGUGAUCCGGGACAAUAAAGUGAAAAUGAAGUUUUAUAAAGACUUCCUACAGGCCAUGGAUGGGAGUGGAAACCUGCUGAAAGCUCUUUCAAAUAGGCCUGGGACUGGGGACUCAGUGUUAUCAGCCAGAGAAAGCACCACUCCACCUUCACGCUCCGGUAACGUCGUCGUGUUCCCAAGGAUCGAAACGAAGGACAUGGAAACGAUUGCAGAGGAAGAGGAAAAGCCCGGCGAAGAAAAAGAGGAGACGGGUAGAGAGAACAUCAGGAAAGAAACACCUUCCCCGAAGCGCCUCCUCUCCCGCCAGGUGAUUACUCCGGCCAAAGUCACGGGAGUCUGUCUGACCGAUGAGCUGGAGAAGACUUUUAAGCCCAAAGUCGCAGGAGUUAAUCAGACCGAAGAACAGGAGAAGAACUUGAAGACCAAAGUUGCAGGAGUCAGUACAACAGAAGAUCUUGAGAAAAACCUUAAGCCCAAGCCACACCUGGUGAGGCCACCAACGCCUGCUCAUGAAGCCCCCAAAACAGAACAAGAAGCCAGUCCCGCCCCGAUUGCUGCCCCCAGAUCCCGGACUCCAUCUCCAGUUUGCCAAGAGCACGGUAGGGCAGGACAGGAAAUGUGUUACCUGUGCCUGCAGCGUGCUCAAAGGAAUGUCCCGAUGUACAUGGGUGAGGAACGGAGGAGGAAGGAGAAGGAAGAAGACCGGAUCCUGGCUCAGUAUCAGGCCAUGAAAGAUCAAGAUGCCCUUCGGAAGCAGCUGAUGCGAGCCAUGACAAACAGGGAGCAGAACCAGAAAAUUGCCGCUUUUAACUUGGGCAUUGCUGAAGCCAAAAGAGACCAGAAGAAUGAAAAAGCUGCAGAAACCUACAGUUCCUACAUUUUUGAGAAGAGGCCACCAAGUACCACCCCUCAUGAAAAGCAAGAGGUUUAUGGCCAACAGUUGGACAAACAAAUUGAGGACCGGGUGAUGAGGGAGAAGAAGCAAAAACAGGACCAGGACCUCCGGGACCGCUUGGAACAUGUGCAGCUGGCAGAAGAGUUAGCAGCCCAGAGAGCAAAAUAUCUGAAGGACAAGAUGGAAGAAAUGCAAUGUUAUAAGAGGGCAUUAGACACCCAGAUAAAGAUGGGUGUGCCUCCAUUACCAGAGUACGUGCCUGAUUCAACCGAGGUGAUCUUUGGGAAGAACGACAUGACCAAUGAAAAAAUGGAGGAAAGAAGGAAACGAGCCCAGGAAUAUUCAAAAUAUCAGCUGGAGGCAGCUGCGGAGCGCAAGCGGGCGGCUCUCCUCAGCCAGCUGGUGGACCAGAGGAAGGCAGCAGACAUGAUUCAGAGGGCAAGGAAGCAGUGGGUGGCUGAAAAAGGAGCCCGGUUUGAGAGGAUCUUCCAGAUGAAUUUAGCCCUUCAAGAGGACUGGCGGAAGAGUGCCAGGAUGAAAAGGCAGAGGGAUUAUGAAGAGCAGCUCUUUCAGCGUGCCGGCGACAAACUCUUUCUGCUUGACCAGUGUGCAAGAUUUCGUCGUUGCUACCAGUGCAAGAGAGGGCUGAACCACUGCAGCGAAGUCAGUACAUGGACAGACACAAAAUACAUCCCUGGAUCCCGGUUAAUUGUUUGAAUCUAGUGGGUCAUCUCAUUUCUUCAAUCACCUCUCUUUUAUCUUGAGAAAACGUUUCACUAAUUGUAAAAUAAUAGAUACCUUAUUGUGCUGAUGGGCUUCUGAUUGAGUUUUUGCCCCUUUUCUUGUUUUCUAGCUACAGGGUUUUGUACACUUAAAUUUGGUAUGUUUUGUUGAGAAUUAUGUUGAAUUAAAAAAAUAUGCAAGUGCUCCCAACACAGCUGUUUGCUUUGGUACUCAGUAUGUAGGCACAUUAUGUUUGACGGAGACUAUGUAUGUGGGUGUCACUACAGAAGACACUGAUCAUGUUGUUCUUUAUGAUAUUUUUUCC